CAUCUGCUCUCGACAAUCAGCCUAACUACCCCUAUCAACCUGACUAUCGCUAUCGACCUGACUCGGCGACCCUGAAUCUUGAAUCAUCCAGCCGUCAACGGCACCCUUAAAUAUCACUCCCCAGCGUUUUACACCCGCCAUGCCCCCGCUCUCCCUGUCGGAGGAUCGAAUCAACCUCAACACACUCUGGGCCUUCUUUGAUCUGUCGGUGCUGUUCACCGCUCCCCAACAUAGCCCCGGCAUCCCCUCCCGCGGCCCUCGGCGGUUGAUCCGGCGCUCUUCGCAGCCCGAGCUUGGCUCGAGCCGCAAGCAGGCCGCCGAUCAGCCCGCUUUGCUGCCUCAGCCCGUUCGUCCGCCUCGUCCUGUGUCGGGACCGGUCUUCCCGGCUGCGACUCAGCCUGCAGUCGCUGUCCCCGAGACUGUGAGCUACUAUCCUGCCGAUGAACGGCUGCCCCGGCACUUUUCGUGGAUCGACGACGGCAUGAUUGCCGGCAUGAGCAUCCCGGAUCGCAAAUGCCAUUGGAGCGCUCUGGUUGAGAUCGGCGUCGGACUGGUCGUCAACACCACCGAGUCGCUGAUAGCUGGCCGGGAUCCCAACGGAGGAAUCCGCUGUAUGAAAUGCUCAUAUCAAGACACCGCUGUGGAUCCAGACGUCUUCGAGCUGCUCGAGCCCGAAAGCGAGAUGAAGGUCUUGUUCCUUCCCGUCCACGACGGCUCCGUGCCGACUUGGUCGCAACUCCGCCAGUUCGUCAAGAGCUCCAAGGAGACCAUCGCAAAGGGCAAAAAGGUCGCGGUCCACUGCAAGGCCGGCGUCGGCCGCACCGGCAUCUUCCUGGCAGUCUAUUUGAUGGAAAAGUACCAGUGCACCGCUGCCGAGGCGCUCAAGAGCCUGCGGCGCAUCCGACCUCAGUCGCUGCAGUUUCACCCGCAGACCUGGGUCUCGGAUGAUCCGUUUUCGCACACCGGCGAAUAUGUGCGCAACCGUCUCCAGGAACACUUUUUGGAGCGCUACUGGACAAUCUUUAUUCGCCCGACCCUUUCGCAGUCCGAGCCUGGUAUGAGCACGAUGCUGCCCCCGUCCUUUCCACUGGGCCGCGGCAUCCUCUCCAAGUCUCCUACCCGGCCCGCCAAACCUGUACCGGGCGCCAGCGACAAAUCCGAUCGCAGUGCUGACGGAAGCGCCGACAGCAGCAGUGCUCUCCAAAAGCCCAAAUCCAUCUAUCUGAAUCGGUCACGAUCCAACUCGUCUCCAGUUAUACCAACCCCCGUCGCAUCUGACUCGACGCCCGAUCUGAAACCGCUGCUGGGGCGACGGAAGGUCAGCUUUGCCCUCAAGGACUCGUCCAACUAUGCCGCCCGACCCAGCACCACCGUUGAUCCUGCUGUCGAGCAGGAGCUGGAGCAUCUGCUGCGAAGUAUGGAGAGCGCCGAUGCCGCAACGCUCAAGACGCACAUGGACGAUAUCCACGAAUGCCCGAAAUUGUGUUUCGUGUGCAAGGGCACGCUGUCGCUCGGCCCAUAUCCUGUUUCGCGCAACCACUCGUACCCGACCACUGUGUGAUCGAGUCAAGCAGCCUUUGGAGUGACGUUGAUACGACCAGCAACCAGUGUCGGCAUGCGAUACGCUCAAUUCCCACUGAUGAUGUGCCCUCAGUCGCAGGCCGGCGCGCCAGAAUAUCCUGGCAGCGUCCCCGCCCGGGUUACGAGUGGCCUCGAAUUGGUUUCCUGUGAUGAUCGAUCGGGAUCCUCUCGCCAGUUUUCUUCUUCUUCUCUUUUUUUGACUCGACCUAUCUUGUUUUUUUUUUUGGCAGUUUCAUAUCCUCCAUUUGU